UGUAACCAAUGUUGGGAGGAUUCAGAUAGAAUGAGAAGAACUUUCAUUAUUUUGAGUUUCUGUAAAUUUGUGUUUCAUUAAUUUCAUGUUAUAUUAUAGCGUUUAUUUUACUCUGGUUGUGUAGUACCUUAUCUAAUUACCACUGUGCUGUUUUUGUCUCCUUCUACCUCUUGCCUACUAGUAUCAGCUUGCAGACUGCCAUGGAAAUUCCUGUUUUGCUUCAGACAGUCAAUGGGAGUGAACUGCCCUCAAGCACCAUGCUCGCCUGGGUUUGAAACAAACAGCUCUGGCGAUGAGGUAGAGCCACUCCCACACAGUCGAGGCGUUGAGACUCGCUGAAAUCCUUCAGCCCUGAUCAGUGUUCAAAGACAAUGACAGGGAUGAAGCAAAUAGAGAAAUUUCUCAAGAAGCAAACCUCGACGCUGACCAGAAGUCGUGUGGACAAAGAUGGUUUCUUCCCAGGAACGUUAAAGCGGAGACCGAGUGCAUCGAAAAUCCUUCCCUUUUUAAAGGACACCGUUCCCGGGAAUGACAGCCCCAGCCCCAAGGAUGAGUUUAGCCCUGACAUUGGAUGCCUGGAGAAUAAAUGGGCAGACACAGAUGAUGAGCUGACCAGCCCGUCCCUGUCAUCGGGAGAAAUGAGUCCCAAUGGGUCAACGCUUAGCAGCAAGUUGUGGCACUUCUCCGACACCCCAGAGAACAUUGUGGAUCAUAUUCUGGAGGGACUGAUGGAGGCUCCAAAGAACAGCACUGACACAGAGAUUCUCUUGGACGAUUUCCUUCUCACCCACUCAGUCUUCAUGCCGACCGACAAGUUGCUGCAAGUUCUGCAUAAACAAUACUGUGCAAGUGAGUCCGAGAGGGCUGAAAACUCUAACAAGGGUCACCUGGAACUGAGGAAGCAGAAGGUUCUCAAGAUCACAGUUGACUGGGCAGAGAAAUGCAAGGAUCUCCUUCUUGAAGAUGAAACAGCUGUAAAAUUGCUGAAGGACCUGAAUACUAUUGCCAGAAAGGACCUGCAACUCUAUCCGAGUCUGAGUGACGAGAUCUCGAGGCUUCAGCGCAUGGUGGAAACAGUGGAAUACAGGCCUCCUGAGGACUGCAGCUGUUUGAGAAAGAAACAGGUCAAGCCUUUGUUCCGUCACUUCAGCCGCACGGAUAUCUGCCUGCAGCAGAGGGAACCUCUGCGUGGGACGGAUGAGAUUUUCUGCCGUAUUUAUGCGACUGACCAUUCCUACGUGACCAUCAAGAGCAGGUUAUCGGCCUCGGUGCAGGAGAUCGUGCUGUCUGUAGCCGAGAAGCUACAGCACUGCGAAGAAGAGUCAAAGGAGCCCGUGCACAAAAACUUGCUGCUGGUUGCUAUAAGAUCAUCAGGUGAGAAAACGAUGUUUCGGUUGGAUGAAGAUUCCGUGUUUACGACCUUGGGCGUUAACACUCAUCUAUUUGCCUGCACAAAGGAGUCUGUGGAAUCACUGGUGCCCCCUCCAGCUGUGGAACGUCUCUCCCAUGAAGGGCCAGAAAUCAAUGAAAGUAACGUUGGGGAAAUGGCCAGUCAGAUCACAGCAUUCGACUGGGAGCUUCUGAACUGUGUCCACGAGCUGGAACUAAUCCACUACGUCUUCCGGAAUGAGAGCAUUCGAAAGCGGACGGCAAAUCUGGAGCUGGUGCUGCAGCGGUGCAGUGAGGUGCAACACUGGGUCGCCACGGAGAUACUGAUGUGUGAGCGCCUGGGAAAACGGGUGCAACUUCUCAAAACCGUCAUCCACAUGGCUGCUCUCUGUAAAGAGAAGCAGAACUUGUUCUCAUUCUUUGCCAUCAUCAUGGGCCUGUGCAACGCAGCGGUCAGCCGUCUCUGUCUAACCUGGGAGAAACUGCCUGCAAAGUGCAAAAAGCUCUUCCAGAAAUUUGAGAGUUUAACGGAUCCCUCGCGAAACCAUAAAACAUACAGAGACACUAUUGCCAGGAUGAAGCCUCCCCUGAUUCCUUUCGUCCCUCUGCUACUGAAAGAUAUGACUUUCAUACAUGAGGGAAACAAAACUUUCCUGAAUCAGCUGGUGAACUUUGAGAAAAUGCACAUGGUGGCCAGUGCAGUCCGGACCUUGAGGAAGUAUCGAAGCAGUCCGCUCAACCUCGAGUCCGACUCGGCAGCAAGCCACAUCCAGAUUAAGGCCUACAUCCGCCAACUCCACGUGAUCGACAAUCAGCAGUUACUCUACGACCUCUCAUACAGGCUCGAGCCCAAGGACCCGUGACCCUGGGGCUUCUGUCCUGUGCUGCUCCCAGUCUGCAAUGCUAGUCGAUGGCGUUGGAAGUGUAUGUGGCUGUGCCACUGCUGAUCUGUGCGUAACCAUAUAGAACAAUCCACUUAGCAUGAUGAAAGACCAACUGGGCCUGAGGUAGACCCACUUCUGACUCAUUCAUCACAUCACACCGGGCCGGCACUGCACAGGUGCCUGAUGCUGCUCUAGGGAUUGUGUGCACUGACAUCAUUUAUCAUACUGCUUUAUUGAAGCCACAGGGUAAUUCUUAUCAAACAAAACAGGAUUAAAAUAGAAUCUGGAGCUGGAGCAGAUGGGAGGAGCUGUAUGUGCAUGGGCCUUUCUUGGGAAUAUUCUCAUUUCCGUUUUGGAUUUGGUUUGAUUCACUAUUUUGAGGUCUUCGUUCCUGGACGGUGACUCCCUCUGUUGGCAAGAAGAAGGUGGUGCAAGUUUUAAACCAGUCCCCUGCUUUGUGAGUUAAAAUUGCCAUCAUUACUGUUGUGAAUCCACUGUGCAGUUUCCCUUCUUUCCCUCGUCCGCGUGCUUUUAAAUAUUUAUUCAUUUUCCCUCCUCACAAUGCUUCCCCGCUGCAGCGGUUGCUUUAGAUGGCUGCCUGGUCACCCGCUUUGCGCUUGUUUCACUCGCCCGGGCCACUAAGACAUGGGUAAGGGGGACCUGAACACUGAUGAGGGAGGCAAACACUCACAUUCUUUCCAUCCCUCUCGCCUCCUUUGGGAAAAGCUUUAGCGCAAUCCCACAUACUGCCAGCAAGCGACCCAUUGCCAGGUCAUGUCACAGAACAGACAUUUGAAGACCAAACUAACACAGCCGUGCUUAUCUCUAGUCUUGUAUCCAUAUUUGAUUUGACAUUGUAAUAUAGGUUGUAAUAUAAUAUUGAUCAAUUAUUUCUGUUUUCAAUUUCAAUAUUGCAUUUAGAAAAUAGUUUCUACUUUUUUUAAAUUUUGUACAAAGAAUGCUUUCUCUUUAGAUUUAUUUCAUUUCAGUGAGAUGGCUAAGCAGUGUUCAUCUGUUAUCCUCUGUGUGUUGUCUACAUA